UAUUGCAUAUUAACGCAUAUAUUUCCUAGCAUCCAAUGGUGCAGAAUUAAUUCAAUUAAAAAUGGCCAUGUAUCGCCCUCGCGGUACUUUAGCACGAGUCAUACAUGAUAAGUUUCACAAUGAUAAUUUUUUGGAUAACAUUGACACGCGGAAGUGGUACUCGCUGGAUACAGAAUCCAUACCUGCAAAAUUUCAGUCGAAAUUCGUUGCACUUGAGCAGCCGGAUAAAACCACGGUGAGAUGGUUAGAACGGGCGAAAAUGUUGUCGGCAAACAUAUGGAUGCACUUGUGGCAUGCGUUAGCGAGGUCUGUUCUACAGUUUUUUAUGACACAGACAGAUAUCAACGGCUUCUUAAAACGUGGAUCCAUGUUUAUUUUAUCAGAGGAACAAUUUUACAAACUACUCCAUGCUGGGGGUUUUCCAGCGGGAAGUGAAUCGGAUACGGUAACUCUAUUGGAUAUCGGGGCUGGUGAUGGGCAGAUCUCCAUUCGCAUUGCCAAUACUGUGGCCAAGCUUAGUAACGCUUGCAUUCAAGUGUUUGCCACAGAAGCCAGUUGGACAAUGCGAGACCGUUUGAAAAAGCUGAAUUUCAACGUUAUCAACGAAAUACGUGGCCUACAAAACGUCGAGUUAAUAUUAUGUCUGAAUGUACUCGAUCGAUGUUUCGAUCCGUUUCAGCUAUUGGAAGACAUACACAAUACCUUGGCUCCCAGGGGUCGAGCAGUAGUUGCUCUAGUGCUUCCAUAUAUGCAUUACGUAGAAACCAAUACUUCGCAUUUGCCUUUACGCCCUUUAUUAGAAAGUAACAAUCGGAACAACGGACCACAAGUGUCGUUCGAAGAAGAAGCUACACAGUUUUUAGAAUUACUGGAAAACUGUGGAUUUAGAGUUGAAUCCUGGACAAAAGCACCCUACUUAUGUGAAGGCGAUCUUCAUCAAUCAUUUUACUGGUUAAUAGACUUAAUUGUAGUACUUUCCAAAAAGUAAGAAUGUACAUAGUGUGUACAUGUACAUAUUUAUGUAUUAAAUUACUGGUUAUUCAGUAUUUCUUAAAACAAUCCAUUGUUUGUAUUUAUGUGAGCCAAAAAUAAA